UCCACUUGUGGAACUCCUCCCGAGCUGUGUAAUGAUGAGUGCCAGGUAGUGAUGAUGAGUGCCAGGCAGUGAGGAAGACGCUCAGUGAAAAGCAUCAAACUGUGGAGAGGACGAUUGAAACUGAGGGUGCAUCGGCAGCAUUUUAUUUCAUAAACCAACACUUGUUGACUCACUUGGGAGAUAUCAGAGAUGGAUUUUCUUCAUGAUUCCAAUGUCUCUGUGGAAUACAUCAAUACAACAGCAUCAGCUGUGGACAGCCCCCCUCACUGCAGCGCCAUCCUCCUUGUCAUCUUUGGCAUCAUCUUCCUUUUGGGCAUCCUGGGCAACUGUAUUGUCAUCUACACUAUUAUGAAGAAAACCAAAUGUCGCGCCAAGCAAACGGUUCCUGAUGUCUUCAUCUUGAAUUUGUCCAUUGUUGAUGUCCUGUUCCUCCUUGGGAUGCCGUUCCUAAUCCACCAGUUGCUAGGCAACGGGACAUGGCGCUUUGGAGCCGCAAUGUGCACAGUCAUUACCGCGCUGGACUCCAACAGUCAGAUUGUGAGCACAUACAUUCUGACCGCCAUGACCCUGGAUCGUUACAUCGCCACGGUCCAUCCCAUACGUUUCAACUACAUCCGGACGCCUUUCGUGGCCUCGCUGGUCAUCAUCUUUGUCUGGGCUCUGUCCUUGAUCACCAUCAUCCCCGUGUGGUUGUACGCCGACCUGAUGCCUCUACCUGACGGCCUGGUGGCCUGCGCUUUGCUUCUGCCCGACCCGGUCACCGACACAUACUGGUUCACGCUGUACCAGUUCUUCCUGGCCUUUGCUAUCCCUCUGGCUAUCAUCUGCAGAGUGUUCUUCAAGAUCCUGCAGCACAUGUCCACCAGCGUGGCCCCACUUCCUCCGAGGAGUCUGAGGGUACGCACCAGAAAGGUGACCCGAAUGGCGGUCGCCAUCUGCUUGGCCUUUUUCAUCUGCUGGGCGCCCUACUAUAUCCUCCAGCUGGUCCACUUGGGUGUGCAGAACCCGAGCCUGGCCUUCUCCUAUGCCUACAACAUCGCCAUCAGCAUGGGAUACGCUAACAGCUGCAUCAACCCCUUUCUCUACAUUGUCCUGAGUGAAACCUUCAAGAGGCAGGUCCUCAGAGCCGUACGUCCGGCCAGCAUGAAUUUUAAUGUCAACUCGAGCACUGCAGAGGGGGGCAGCGUGAGUAUGAGGAUGGUGCCAGAGGGGGGUCACGUGGAGCCAGCCUGCAGGGAGAUGUUACCGUCCAAUGUCCCCUCACAGUGAAGAAUGGCCCGAAGAGCAAAAGAGAGGGUAGGAAUUGUGGAUGAACGUUACGAUAUCGUUACAUCACCAUAUUUGUUUGCAAAAUUUACAACUAAACAAUUGAAGACCUCAACACAACAAAAACAGACUCUUAGCUUUUUGUGCUCCUUUUAGGGUGGGGGCAUCCAAACUUUUUCACCAAGGACCACAUACAGAAGCAAAUGAUACGUAUGGAACGGGAGGCACUUCUGUGCAUUUAAGAUGCUAAAGCCAAUCCAAUUAGGGACAUAAAUAUUUGCUAAACUACUAUAUCUCAACAAAAUGCUGCAUAGUUGCUUUACUAAAGUAAAUUAUGUAAUUAGUAAUUAAUUUUUCUGGUCAUUAAAAAUGAGGUUCAUACCUUUUUAGGGCAUGUUACAUUUAUUGCAUAAGUUGACUCACAUACCUUUUUUGAGAUGAACUACGUGAAUUUCAACAAAGUUUAAAAACCAAAGUAAUUGGCAAUCUAUUGAAAGUUUCUUUUUCAAUUGCAGGGCAAAUUUGUAGAAAAACAUUAACAUAGACAUACACGGAUGGAUAGAUCCAUAGUUAAGGUUUAUAGAUUCGAUUUAUAGGUGUGAACCAACUCCACCACAGUCAAACACUGUCAACUGUUUUUCUGUCAACUCCAGAAGGUACUCAAAAUAUUUCACAAGCACCCUUAAAGGGGAAGUGCACUUUUUGAUUUGAAUUUUGCCUAUCAUUCAUAAUCUUUAUGUGAAAAAUCAACACAUAUUUAUUUCCCUUUUCUGUGCAUUAGAGCCCAAAAAACGAGUUAAUAUGAGCUAGCUAACAAUGCACAUAUUGGGAUGCACCUAUUCCAAUGUUGAAGACCUACAAAAAACCCUCUAAAAACGUUGCAUUGUUUGAUAUACAUGACUUACACCGAUGAUAACAUGUAAUAGUUGCCGUAUUUAAUUUUUUAAUUCACUUGCAAAACUUCUUUUCAAGGCGCAUUGAUACACAUACUUAUGCUAGUUUUGUCAACAACAGUGAUAACACUUACAAUGUCUGCUCUCCUCGGGAUGGCUGUGUCUUCCAGCACAAUCCUCAAAAAAUGCAUCUUGUUGAGUCUUCAUAGCGAAAUUGAAAGCUAGGUAUCCACUCUUUCAUCUGUGAAUGACGGUGAGAUGAGCGCUUAGCGUGUUAGUCCGCGAGCUAAAAAUAGCUUUUCAUGCUAGCUGCUACAAUAACAAUAUCGCUGUAGCUUGGUUCAUAUACAUUACAAGUCAGGUAAAAAGGGAAAGAAAUAUGUGUUCAUGUUUCACAUAAGGAUUGUGAAUGACGGGCACCCCCCCCCCCCACAUAAUGUGGUGUACCUACGUAAAGUGAUGCUAUAGCUAUAUCUUUCACUAAUUUCUCCUCUUCUUUCUAAAUUGUGCUGCUAAUGGUUUUGACUUUCUCCUUUCCACGAUCUCCCACCCAAAUCGCAGUCAAGGCUAAACCAACUCAUUGACUUUUUUUUUUUUAUUUCAUAUUUUUGAAGUGAAAUAGUGUUUCAUAAUGUUUGAGACUCUUGGUCUUCCAUAUUAUUAAUAUGAUUAAGAAGUAAUGUGUUUUGAGUAAUUACUUUUGGUAUUUACCUUCUAAUUAACCUGAGAGCAGAGAUCCAGAGGCACCCCACCCCUUCUCAACUCUGUUUGGUUUGAUCCACAGUCAAUAGGAUUAUUUUUCUUUCCCCUGUGCUGCCCCCCCAAGUGACUGCCGCCCUGGGCAAUCGCCGAUGUGGCCCAAACUUUGACACCCCUACUCUGUAUACAUAUUGGCUGU